AUGACUACUACUACUACAUUUUAUUAUGUAUUUCGAUCGAUUUAUAUUAGACAAUUGAUAUUCAAUCAAAUCAGUGAUAUAUCAAAUCGAUUGUAUAAUGGUAGAGAACGACGAUCAUUAGUGGGAAGAGAUAUCAUCAAAUUACCUCUUCUUGGAAUGAUAUCAAUCUAUGCAAUGCCUUGGCACUUUGUUUGUCACUAUCUACCUACAGAUAGUACUCUGGUACUCAAAAGAAGGAAAAGUGUGAUUAGUGAAUACUGCUGUCAUCAUAAUGCAACAUUGGAUACACUUGAACGUCUAUUGGAAUGGUCUAAAGUGGACGUUGACUUUGAUUGGGAGUAUUUGAAAAGAAAUAGCAAGGAUAUAACCAAUCAAGAGAUAUUAGAGUAUUUAAUCAAUCAGAGGUACCCUACUACUACUACUCCUGUUGAUGGAGAUAAUACCUUUCUUUUAGAGGCAAUCAAGGUGGCAUGUAAUAAUGGCUAUCUCUCAACUGUCAAGUUGAUUUACUCUAUCAAAGGCUUGCCAUCCAAUUACCAAACAGCAAUGGACAUUGCUUGUAGUAAGGGAUUCAUUGAUAUUGUAAGGUAUUUACACGAGAAUAAUAGAACUGAAGGAUGUAGCAUAGAUGCAAUGGAUAAUGCAGCAAAAGGUCGUUAUUUUGAUAUUGUAAAGUUUCUUCAUUUUAAUAGAACUGAAGGAUGCACAACAAAAGCUUUGGAUAAUGCUGCAAAGAAAGGGGAUUUAGAGAUGGUCAAAUUCUUACAUGAACAUCGUACUGAAGGAUGCACUGAAGCUGCUAUGGAUAGUGCAUCUUUAAAUGGACACAGUGACGUAGUAAAGUUUCUUGGUCAACAUAGAACAGAAGGUUGUUCAAAUGCAUUGUAUUGGGCUGCUCGGAAUGGUCACUUGGAUGUUGUAAAGUAUCUGAAUGAGUGUCAUAGUGAAGAUAAAUCAACAGAGGUUAUGGAUAUAGCAGCUAAUCAUGGCCACUUGGAAGUGGUAAAGUAUCUUCAAGAACAUCGUAGUGGUGAACGUGCGACUACCCAAGCUAUGGAUCUUGCAGCUUUAAAAGGUCACAUUGAAAUUGUAAAGUAUCUUCAAGAGCAUCGUAGUGAAGGAUGUACAUCCAAUGCUCUGCAUUGGGCAGCUGAAAAAGGACAUAUUGAAAUUGUAAAAUACCUUUAUCAACAUUAUAACUUUGAAGAGAUUACGGCUGGCUGGUCAAUGACAACGGCAGCUCGCAAUGGUCACAUUGAAAUUGUAAAGUUCUUCUAUGAAAGCGGUGUACAAAUAUUUGGUGACCCAAAACUGGCUUUAGAAGAUACUGUUAGACAAGGAAACCUUGAGAUGGUAUCCUAUCUUGUUCGCACUUGCAAUAUAAAAUGUCUAACAGGAACACUAAUAACGGCAAUACAGGCAGCUAGCUGUGAAAUGGAUCCAGGAUUGGAUGUUUUCCAUUUUCUUUAUGAUAAUUUCAAAGAGCAGAGUAAAAUUUGGACACCAGAGUUGAUGGAUUAUGCAGCUUCAAAAGGACAGAUUGAUAUUAUAAAGCUGCUUCAUUUCAACAGGACAGAGGGGGCAACAAUCUAUGCUAUUAAUAAUGCAGCAAUCUAUGGUCACUUAGAUGUUGUAAAGUUCCUUUCAGAGUAUCGUAGUGAAGGUGCAACAACCCAUGCUAUGGAUGGGGCAGCUAAAAAUGGUCAUUUAGAAAUUGUUAAAUUUUUACAUUUUAAUAGAAGUGAAGGAUGCACCAAAAAGGCUGUUGUGUCUGCUUGUAAGGAAGGGCAUUUGGAGGUCGCCACCUUUCUCAUCAAUGUCGUCAAAGUGAAAUGGACCAAGAAGGACCCACUAAUUAAAAUUCUAAAGAGAAUCUCAGUGGCAUCUCAAAGCAGUUAUGAUAUUCAAAAACAGCAACUCUCUAAAGAAAGUCCUGUAUUGGCUUGGCCAAAUCCAAAUCAAAAUCAACAAGAAUUGGAUAAAGAAACAAAGAAAAAGAUUAUUGAUUUAACAAAAGAUGAUAUUCAAGUAAAACAAGAGAUACCAAUAGAGGAGAAAUUAAAGAGAAGACAAGAAAAAGAUGAUAGAUCAAUGGAAAUACUUUACAACCAAAAGUUGACAGAAAAGAGAAUACAAGAAUUGGAAGGCAAGUAUGAAAAUACAAGACAAAUAGAUGAACAAUUACAAUCAAUUAUAGACAUGCAAAAUGAAAUAAAAGAAAAGAAUCUUUUGGAAUUGGAAAGAACAAUUCAAGCCAAUCAAGAAAAGCAAGAAUCACCUGUUGCACAAAUCAUGGUUGAUCAAAUUUUACCAAUGAUUUAA